AUGCAUCAAGCCUCAGCCAAUCGCGUCCGCUCACCUCGUCCCGCAGUUCCCCACGGCGGUGCGAGGCUCCCUUUCAAGGUCGAGUCCACGUCGUACCUCUGUGCUCUCCAAAUGCUAGCAGACUUUCUGAACCAACUCGAUGCCGAUGCCGCCGCGACGGAAGUAUACCAUCAGCGAUCCAGCGAAAGGCAGGAUUACAGUUCAACGACACCGGUAAGACCGGCUACCAGCGACACUUCGGUUCCGAGGCUCUCGCUCGGAGCUGAGGGAAGAGGUGAGUCCGGGGUACCUACUCGCCCUACUAUAGCUGGUAGCUUCCUUCUGCGGCAUGUUUAUAUUCGGGAAUACGAGCCUAUGUUUGCUUGUCAUGUUCUAUUGAGCUUAGAUACUGAGGCCCGCCUAGUCACUUCCCCCGAGUCGGCCGGCACGUCGAUAAGAGCGCAUGUGGACACCAAUCAAGCUCAGAAAUGGCGGGGGCACCGAUCACCAUAUGGAGCAACAUCAUCCGCGGAUUCUAGUACUCGUAGGACACCACAGAACAUCGGCUCCGAAAUAGGCCCUCAGCAGGGCGGCUAUGAGAUAAUCCGAGUGAGUCUCAGGACGGAUCGGCGGCGUACUGCGCUUGCUCGACAGCGCUUUGAGUCAGAAAAGAGCUCGUCGAUCUCUAGCAGCUUCGUGCCCCUGCUGCUACCUUCUCACAAUGUGCGGAUGUUAUGGCAAGCUAACCCCGAGGGAAACGGCGUCCUCACAAUGUUCCGUACGACAGGACUGAGCAAACGCACGCGUAUUGCUGCCCAACAAUGCAAGACUAAUACUAGAUCUGCGACUCGGCCACCCCGGUCACAGGCGAAAGAGUUUGUUUGCGAUACUCAUCGAAGCUGUCGGGUGCGCGGCCGCCAAAGACAAACACCCGGCUUUCCCGGUGUUCAAUUCAGGAGAUCGACCAAGUUCUAUACCAGCGAAACGGUCCCUGCCGACAGAUUAGAGACCAUCCUCCUGGGAUAUAGCCGCCAUCACCGCAGGCUAUCGGGCGUGUGGUACGCCCCUGAGCGGAUGUAUCUAUCCAGGUCGUUUCCUCUUCCUAGCCCUCAUCCGGUGCUGCAUGACACCCGUCCAGCAUCGCACGAUGGGAUGCGAUUUGCGCUCCUCAGCACAGAUGUAAUCUACACUCACGUCAUGAUGGGCGUCAUCCAUUGCGCUGCCAUAAUCUCUCCUAUCACUACAAAUUACCACAGGAACGCGGUGAACUACAUUCAAGUUGCUUCUCGUCUUUCUCGGCGUCACGCCCCAAAAGAGCACACCAAAAUCCGCGGCCACUGGUCAAUGGACACGCUUACCAUGCAUGUUGUGCCAAUGUUUCCGAGCAACAGUAAGAAGCCCAGACCGUGUGGCAGUCUGACUAGGCCGCCACGUGCAGAUCAUGAACCUGGCUUCUCUCAGGCUACUUCUGUGUACCACAUAGAACGCCGUGGGCAAUCUGGACUCGGACAGACCUGA